GUGCGCUUACGUACCCGUGUUGCCGUGGAUAAUGUCGGUAUGAGGGACCACCCCUUUUUAUUUUUGGUUAAAUAACUAGACAAUAUAAGAUGGGAAUUUUGUUUUCAUAAAAUUGUGCUUAUGGAUUAAAACGAGAUAAAUGCGCAACCGGACAUUAUUUACGGACUAUUAGUCUUUGUUUACCUUGGAUAUGUUAUCAGUAACCAUGGUUCUGAUAAAUUCCAACGAUUUGAGUCAUAUCUGGUGUCUAUAUCCAAACGUAAUUUGAGGUGUCACUUAUGCGAAGAAAUGGAAAUUUGUAAAUACAAACUGUAGGUUUAACCUGUGAAUGUUGACUGAUCAAAAUCGCCGUGCAAAACCAAGACACUUCAGUUGAAAAACAUAGAAUGGCGGAGAAUAUAUUAUCGAGAAUGUGCACAGUUUCAAUCCGGGUAAUGGGCACCCGCGAUCGACCUAAACGUCAAGCUGCAAUCCUCGUUAUUGGCGCAUGUCUGAUAUUCGUCUGGGCCCUCUAUUCAAGAAGCAGCAUACAGGUCGGUUUGCCUGUUUAUUCUAUGGAAAGGCAAGAAGAAGUUCUACUCGAACGAAUUAAGUAUAUAAAGUCCAUGGACGAAGUGAAUAGCAUACUCGAAUCGUCCGCUAGCAGCGGUAAAACAUUUAGUGGAAAACCCAUUCGAAGAUUUAAUCCAAAUGAUAUUAAGUUUAGAAACAAACGGUACCCAGACCUACAGGCGGAUCACGGUAAAACGUUUAAUUGUAAGAGAUGGGCGGUCCUUACCACAAUAUUUACUCCGCCCUCCGAAGCUGUUCGCCGUUUCAUGUAUAUGAAGAAUUGGUGUGUUGUAAUUGUGGGUGACAAAAAUAAGCCAGAUGGAUAUGUGUUGGCAUCAACAACGACUUUUCGCAACAUAAUAUUUUUGAGUGACAGUGACCAAAACAAAAUUAAUUCAAAGUUUGUUGAGAGCCUGCCGUGGCGAAGUUUUGGACGAAAAAACGUCGGAUAUUUAUAUGCAAUCGCCCACGGUGCUCAAGUCAUUUGGGAUUUCGAUGACGAUAAUAUGCUAAAAUUUUGGAUCGAAGGAGCUAGUCCAUCCGACAGGUUGUGGAUUGAAAACUUCUCGGAUCUCAAAUUAGAUAAAUUCUAUAGCAUUCCACUGUCUUUAGUUACUGCAGGACUACGUUCGGCAUCCACUGGAAGUGCACAGCUAUUUAACCCGUACCCAAUACUAGGGGCGCCUAGCAACAUCUGUUGGCCACGCGGGUUCCCUCUAACACUUAUACGUAAGUCCUCAGAUCAAGGUCACUUUAAGGUGAACUUGGUUGAAGAAAACAUAGAAAAGAAAGUAAAUGACAUUGGUGUCCUUCAGUCUCUUGCCGACCAUGAACCUGACGUAGACGCACUGUACAGGUUAAUACAGGGUACGCCAUUUACUUUCAAGCGCCCAGCAAAAGGUUCUGACACUAAACGAAUACAUUUGCUCUCCGAAGGAGUGUACAGUCCGUUUAACGCACAGGCCACUCUGUAUUUCAGAAAUGCGUUUUUAGCUCUAUAUUUACCCGUAACCGUUCCUGGCCGGGUUUCGGAUAUUUGGAGAAGUUACCUAGCACAAGCUUUACUUUCUCUUCACAAUAUAACCAUUGGAUUCUUACCAAGACCAAUCGUGGAUCAGGACCGAAAUGAUCAUUCAUUACUCGCCGACUUAGAAUCAGAAAUCGCUUUGUAUACUCAGACUAAUGCUUUGGUAGCGUUCUUAGAUGAAUGGCGAACAAACAAGACUAUUUCCGGUGACAACGAGUUGCGUUCAUUGGAGGACUUAUUAGAGGAAUUGUAUAUAGAAACGUACGAACGGGGAUUUAUUGAGAUUGAUGACGUAUUGCAUAUUCAAAAUUGGAUACUGGCUUUUGGAUCAGUUCGUUUUAAUUCUAUUGCUACAAAAAGUAAAAAUACAAAGCAAUACAAACAAGUUGAUGGAAAUAUGAUUGAACGCGAAAUAAUAAAUAUUGAUGUAGGUAAAUCAAUUAUUGUAUCAGAUAGUAUAGAACCGGAGGAGUGCAAAACUAUAAAGAAUCGGGCAACUAAUGUAACAUUUUGGACCUCUGAUUUACACGACGGGACCCGGCUGGACUCGCCCUCGCUGUUGGCAUCACUGGGGCAGAGGUUUGUUGUCGCGGGAUACAAAAGACGUCAGACGCCAUAUCCGGCGGUAUUCGACCGGCCGGGAUUCAUCGUCCCAGAGAAGAUUUCCAACGAAAUUUUAAGUUAUAGAAUAAACACUCAGGCCACCGAUGAUUUCAUGAACAACAAUUUUAAGUUUUAUGAAAAUGACUUGCUAUUUAAAAAUACAGACGCUUUCUAUUGUUCAUUUUACGCAGCUAUGUGCCAGAUUUGGAUGCCUUUGAAUAAAACUAAAUCCAUUGUAUUUUUAGCAGGUCAUAGGUAUAACUUGGGGAGGUGUUCUUUAGAAAGUUGGACUAAGCUCAAUGAACAGCUUUGGGAACUGCAGAACAACGACCCAGUCAGAGUAGAUCACAAACAUAUUAUUGCUGGCGCCAGUCGUUACGACUAUGAAUAUUUAAAGCAUUACACAGGAUUAAAGGAUUCGAUAAAACUUAUAAGCAGUUUUAGCGGAUUUUACACUGAUGGUAAUAAAUUCAACCCUACUGAACCAGAAAUAUUAUUUGUGUCAUACGGUGCGAUGUUUACUGAUAUCACAGUUAAUGUCGUUGAAAUACGUAAGAAAUAUCCACGAUAUCAGCUUAGUGACCUCGUUAAGCACAAAGCCAUCAUAUAUGUGCCUUACUCUGUAAUGUCUUUCAAACUGACUGAGUUCUAUUCGCUGAAUAUUCCACUAUUCGUGCCCAGUGCAAAGUACUUCAAAACCAACGGAAAUUUUGGAUCUGAUCGUACUAGCACCACGGCGCCUUACUGCGACAACGACCCUGACCUUUGGUGGAAGAUGCCAAGUCACCCCUCCAGCCCGCACUCUUACAAUCCGAACGCUGAAUAUGCUCAAGAUCCGGAAGCUGAGAUGUACUGGCUACAGUUCAGCGACUUUUAUGAUUGGCCACAUAUACAAUACUUUGAUGAUGGUAGCGAUCUCAAUAGAAAAUUACAGACUGCUGACUUUAUUGCCAUACAUAAGUCGAUGAAAGCGCAGAAUGAAAUUCGAAAACACGAGCUUCUUCAGCAAUGGUGCAAACUUUUGCCACAAAUUAAGAAAAUAUAAUUCAAUCAUGUGAUCCAAUUAUGUGUAACACAAGUAUUAUUAUUUUUCAAUGCCACACACAUAUAAUUAUGUUUUUUGUUUAAAGCUGCGAUGCGAAAUCUAGAAACAGACAUCAGACAUCAAGCUAGUUUUUCCUUUUUUUAAUUAUUUUUGUAUGAAUGGCAUUUACAUGUCUUGCGUAAAAAGGUUUUACGUGAAUACAUUAUGUUGUAACAAUAUAUCAAUACGCGCAAAAACAACACAAAUGUACACGUUUUGUUUUAUAAUUUUCAAAUUCAAAUUGAAACGAUUGCGGAAAAACAAUCACACUUGUUAGUGACACAAUGUGAUGAAAUAAUGCUAUGUGUAACCUGUUUUAAAAGUAUAUACCGGUAUGUAAAGGGGCAUUACAAAUCAAAUGUCUUCAGAUCAUAAUUCCAGCAAUUGUUAGUUCCUUUAUUUAAUGUCAUAAUUAUUCUGUUUCAGAAACCGAGAAACGUAAUCCAUAAUUUAUUGUUUACACGUCGUAUAGAUACUCGUCGUUCGGAUAGGUCAGGAUGUGGCGUAUACAUCGAAAGCUUAUUGAAACGCUUUCGAAUCCGUUCCUUGGGUAGAACAAGUCCUAGGUGUAUUGUAGAGACUUGUUCUACCCAGGGAACGGAUUCGAGAACGUUUCAAAAAGCUUUCGAUGCAGUCGAGCUAAAAUAAAAGGUUUAAACUAAAGUAUCUAUGCUUGUCUCAAUAUCUUACAAAAUACAUAUUAUGUUAUGUCUUUUAAAAUAUUUGUCGAUCGAUCGUAAAGCACGUCAAAUGGGGUCAUGAUGUAUAGGAGUUUAGCCACAAGAACGCUUUCUAUUUUUGCAAUUCGCGGCAUUAAGAGAUGAGUGGAACGUUAAUGGAAAAAAAAGUAUAAUUGAACAAGCCUUUUACACUGAGUUUAUAUGAUACACUUUCAUAUGCCUUGUAUGAAUGUUUGUAUUGCACAUAUUGGGAUAAAUCCAUGUUAUAUUAUUAACCUGUUUGCGUAAACACAUCAGGUCCUUCAACAUGGACUUUUUUUACUAUUUUUUGGGGUUUUAAAUUAUUAUUUGUACAUAUGAUUUAUGUGUUUAUGAACUCAAUGCGAUAUUAAAAUGUAUAUUUUGGCAACCAUGCCAUAUAUUGUCACGUGCAUUUGAAUAUGUUGCUUUUGCAUAGGUACACUUACAAGAAGCACUUUGUAUGUUCAAGUUACGAACGUAAAACGAUCUUUGUUUUUGUCUGCUUAACCUAUUUUACGUCAUGGUUAUUGUGUGUGUGUGUGCUUUGUCUGGUACUUAAGUGUUAUGUUAGACUAAUUGGUAAUUGGUCCAUUACCAUAAAAUAAGGACCACGUUUUAAAGAUAGGGUUGUGCCAUAAAGGAAUCUUUACACUUUCUUUUACAUGAUUUAAAUAUGUAUCAUUAAAUAAAUCAAACAAGCUUUAGACAUUAAGGCAUUCUUCAGAAACAUACAUUUGUUUAUUUGAAUUAUUUUAAUUGAUCUUUUUUUGAUAUGCUUAAGUGGAAACAUUUACUUGACUGUAUGUCAAAAUUGUCACAGUUUUAAAACAGUACGCUGCCUUUCUAUAAGAUAUAAAUACCGCUGUUAACACUCAUUUUAAAUUAUUGUACAUUGUUAAAUACAUAGUAAACGUAUUUUAUAUUUUAUUAGUGAUAUUUAUGUUAAUUUAUGCACUAACGUCUUGUUGUUAGAUGUAAAACAGAAUAAUUUUAUAAUGGACAUGCAUCGUAUGACGUAUAAUAUGCUUUUUUUUACAUUUUCACUGUCGUGAACAUUCUCUUUACAGAAUACCUUAUCAUUAUUGUUUUAAAAUAUAUAUAUCUGAUUAUGUAUUAUAUACUAUUUUAUUAAAUAUGACCAUUCUAAUGAACUAUUCAACUUACCAAAACAUGUUUGUUAACAGCACUGUUAGUUUUCUUUAUAUCCGCAUUUAUUCUGCAUAACAUACACUAUGAUUUUGGCGUAUAAAGCAUUAUUAUCACAUUAAUCAUACGUCAUCAACAUCAUCAACAAGAUAAAAUUUCAGUUGUUAUGAAUUCAUAACUUGUAUAUAUUGGGUUUUCUAUGUAUAACUUUAUCUUUGAUGUGAGUUUUAUUAUGCUGUAUACUUUUGUUCUAAAUUGUUUGUAUAUUGUUCAAAUGUCACACAUGAGGGACAACGUCUGAGCCUAAGGCUUUUCUAAUGCAUAGAAUUCGCAAUUUGCUUAUAGAUCAUAAAUUAAAUUAACAUUUCUUAUAAAACAACAACUUUAUGCUUUCAAAAAUGAAUAUGCAGUUAUGUUCCAUUAUGUUUCAUUGUGUAUCACUGCGUUAACAUUUUUUAAUUUGUUUAAAAUUUCAGUUAAACGCGUUUUCAUUUCAUGAGCGCUCUUAAUUUAUUUCGGUAUAACGGAUUUCAUGUUUAUCAUCUUAGAUAUAUUAUUUGAACAAAAUACACAAACUGUGAGGACGAUUUGAAAUAUAUGGCAUUACAGAUUUUUUGAUAUUUUUUCUCUUUUAUGCUAAUUAGUACAGUAUCGAAGACAUAUGAGAUUGUUCUUACAGAUACUCAGCUCGACUAGACUAACAUUGGUCGCUAUUCGAAAUAAAGAUAAAAGACACAUU